AACAAGAAUGAAUCAAGAAUACAGCAGUUUACUUCAACAACAUUUAUGUAUUUUCUCUGUGCCUUUGCAUAAAACUCUGGGACCUUACACAAAAUAAAAAGUUUACUGUAAAGAAAAAAAAAGCAGAAUCUCAGAAUUCAGGGGGCAGAAUAGAAAUCAAGAGAAAAUUUUCAAAAACCAACAACACGUGUAUACUGUAACAUUCACACCCUGUCGUCUGCAUUUGGCCUCAUGUUUCCAUCCAUUACAUCUGAUGUCUUCUCUGGAGAUGCAUUGUGGGUAGAACCUUUUUGAGUGUCUCCUUUUUAUGGUUUCUGAUGAGGCCAAACACAGAUCACCUGAAUCGAUUUUCAGCUGACAACUACACUCAGCUGUGUUUGGAAUUACAGAAUCUUUUCAUUUAUUUUUAUUGUCAAUAUUUCGAUAUGAUUUUCCAUAGAUUUCAAUGUGGCUGCAGCAGAAAUUCCCCGUGUUUUUCCCCCAUCAUUCUGUUUUGAUUGUGUUUUUAACUGUUUUGAACAGAGUGUGUUAGCAUUUGAAAAAUAUGCUGUAAAAGUCCAGUGUUUUGCAUGUGGUGAACUAGUAACUGAGAGAAGAGUUCAUGAAUUUUAGUGCCUGUGGUCACUGAAUGCAUUUUGUGUGAAAGCAAUGGAAAAUGAUUCACAGUUUGGGCCACAUAGACUGCUGUCUUGCAGACUGAGUUAAGAGUUUUGAACAUGGGACUUCAGUUUCGACCAAUGCGUGUUAGCGAUCGAAAAAAUUGUAAUUUUAACGUGUCCUAAUCGUUAACUUGUUGGGCUUUUGUUUUGAAAAGCCACACCGGAAGCUCCUGUUCAGAUCAGUGUAACUUGACACAGGUGCUGUCGCGGGUAAAUUUUACGGCUUCGGGAAAAGUUUGUUCGUGUGACCGGUGAUAGCCAUGACUGAGCUGGCAGAAAACGGUAUUCCCGACAGAGCUUCGGAGUCGGAGGAUUUUGUCGCGGCGGCUGUGAAAGACGAGGAUGCUCUGGAAGAAGUGUUUGACACCGCGCUGGAAGUACCACAGGAUGUCAAGCUGACAGAAGGUGAAGUCAAAGAGGAGAGAGAUGUCGGAGAGAAGUUGCAGAAUGGAAAUGGACAGUCGGCUUGUCCACCUGCAGCUGGCUCCUCCAGUACUGAGCCAGAGUGGGCGGUGGGAGCUGAGUGUCGGGUGGUGUGGUCAGAGGACGGGCAGGUGUAUCCGGCAGUGGUGGUGUCUGUAGACGGUGAACGCCGCAGAGUUCGUUUCAUUGGCUACGGCAAUGAGGAAGACAUGGAAGUGAGCGCACUCAAGACUUCUGAUGCUGAACCGCAACCACUGAGCUCACAGGACUGGAAGCCUGGCUCUCGGUGCCGGGCAGUGUUUUCAGAGGACGGUCUGGUUUAUCCUGCUGUGGUUCUAUGGGUCAAAGGGCAGCGCUGCCGCAUUCGCUUCGACGAGUACAACAAUGAGGAAGAGCAGGACGUCAGUGGCCUACUGAACCCCGACGAGCUCUACGGACCUAGCAGAGCCAAGGGCGGCAGGAAGUCCAUUGCAACCAGCACUAAUUUUGACUUUAGGAGGAGGAGGAGGGAGGAGAACCAGGGAGAGCGGGGAGGAGAGAGACGGCCAGCAUGGAGAGAUGAUCAGCAGAACUCUUCCUGGGUUAAAGAGAGACCUGGUAAUCAGAGCAAAGUGGAGAAGGAAGCGGACGAGAGGAGGAGAGGAAACCAGCAGAGAGAUGGAGCAGAGAAACCGACCAAUCACAGCUUCCCUUUCUUCCCUCCUUUCCCUCCUCCUCCUCCUUUUCAUUCAAGCUCAGGGGACCCCUUGCCCUUCCUCCCUCUUUUCCCUCCUCCUCUUCCUGCCUGGAUGUUUGGUGGGAAAGAGUCCGGCACCCCUUCGCCCAUCGACGCCACCUCCAGUAUAAUGAUGCUGUGGUACAUGUGUGGCUUCCACACCGGCAGCUACCUGGCUCAGCAACAGUUCAGGUCAACAUCCAAAGACUGAGAUGUACGAUGUUUUGGAGAAAAGCGUCUGCUAAAGAGUUGAAGAGCCACAGAGAGUUAUGGGACAAGACGCAGACUGGGAGUCAUUUUCAUCAACAGUUUACAUUUAUGUUGUAAAUUUUUAGAAUUGUCUUAUUUGUUCUUAGUUGAUGGUUCUCGAGGAAAAGCUCUGGUACUUGGAAAUAGUGCAGGAAGUGUUUUGUGUUUUUCAGUUUGUGUUCAGAGAGUUUGCAAUGGAAAUGUUUGGUUCUGCUGAGAGUUUCAGUGGCGUUGGUGUUUCACUGAACACUGUUAGACAAUGAAAUGAGGAGUAUUUUGUUAUUAAACAAAGAUGGAUAACUUCUC